ACUGCAAAAAACGACAUGUGGCAACACGCUGCAUUUUGCCACGUUCGCUCAGUUGCUCAUUCAUUCACUUUACUUGGAGUUUGAUAUCCGUUUCGUCAGGAGACACGCCAAGUUGAUCAAACUGGAUUUUGUUAAAGGACAAAUUUAGGCCGGAUUUUUUGGAUUUUACAGUACAUGUUACUGUAACGACUUGGAACGAAAAAGGACUCUUCUCUUUUUUUAAGUAAUGCAAGCAGCAGUGAUGGAGGAAUCUAACGCAACUAACAUUGAGCAACAACCAAACGCCCUCAACAAUGGCCAGGAGCUGGUGUCGUCCAACGAGCAGCCAUCGUCGCCCACUCCGGUGGCCACGCCCACCAGUAGCACCAGUGGCACUAGCAAUGCCACACCCGCAUUUAGCUACGACGAUCUAUUCCCGGCUCUGCCGACGAAUAACUCAACCAAUGCACCGCUGGGCGGAAAUGCUGGACCCGCAAUUGCGCGUGUAACCAGCUCGCAGAAGACUCAGGUGCUGCAUGUGCCUAUGGAGGAGCGCAAGUCAACGGAGUCGGAGAAGUUUGGCGAGGGCGAAUCGAAGCGCAUCUGCCAGCAGAUCACGAAAGAGACGGGCGCUCAGAUUGAGAUUGUCAGCGGCAAGAAUCAAUCACUCACCUUCUUGAUCAAGGGCAAGCAGAGCGAGUUGCUCGAUGCUCGUCGCAAGAUCCUCAUGAGCUUCUCGACGCAGGCCAGUCGUCAGGUGAACAUACCCCGCGAACACUAUCGCGUCAUUCUCGGCAAGCGUGGCGAACGCUUGCGUGAACUGGAGCGUCUCACCUCGACACGCAUCAAUAUUCCCCAUCAGGGCGAUGAGAGCGAUGUGAUCACCAUCGCUGGCACCAAGGAGGGCAUCGAGCGUGCCGAGCAGGAGAUCCGUCAACUCUCUGCGGAGCAGUACAAGAAGUCAUCCGAUCGCACCACAGUGCCCAAGAUCUAUCAUCCCUUCAUUGUGGGUCCCUACGGUGAGAAUCUGAACAAGCUGCAGGAGGAGACGGGCGCCAAGAUCAAUGUGCCGCCGCAGCAAGUGCAGAGGGAUGAGAUCAUCAUCUCGGGAGAGAAGGACGCCGUUGCCGCUGCCAAGGCAAAGGUUGAGGCCAUCUACAAGGAGAUGGAGAAGAAAUGCUCGACGGUCAGUGUUGAGGUGGCCAAGCCACAGCAUCGCUAUGUCAUCGGACCCAAGGGCUCAACCAUUGCUGAGAUUCUGCAGCUGACGGGCGUCUCGGUUGAGAUGCCACCCAACGACUCCACCCUCGAGACAAUAACACUGCGUGGCCCACAGGUGGCACUGGGCAAUGCCCUGACCGUUGUCUACCAGAAGGCCAACUCGGUGAAAUCGGUGGAGAUCAAUGCGCCGCAUUGGAUACACAAGUAUGUGAUCGGUCGCAAGGGUGCCAACAUGAAGCAGCUCGAGGAGGAUUGCCCCAAUGUGAAUGUGAACUGUUUGGAGAACAAGAUCAAGCUCGAGGGUGAUCCCGAGAAUGUUGACAAGGCUGUGUCCUAUCUGAAUGACAUUAUUCGCAACUAUGAGGAGAACUUUACGUACGAGGUGAUGACAGUGAAUCCAUCGUACUACAAGCACAUCAUUGGCAAGGCGGGCGCCAAUGUGAAUCGCCUCAAGGACGAGCUUAAGGUUAACAUCAACAUUGAGGAGCGCGAGGGACAGAACAACAUUCGCAUUGAGGGACCCAAGGAGGGCGUGCGUCAGGCGCAGCUUGAAUUACAAGAGAAAAUCGAUAAACUGGAAAAUGAAAAGUCAAAGGACGUGAUCAUCGAUCGUCGCCUGCAUCGCUCCAUCAUUGGCGCUAAGGGCGAAAAGAUUCGCGAGGUGAAGGAUCGUUAUCGUCAGGUGACAAUCACGAUACCCACACCGCAGGAGAACACCGAUAUUGUGAAGCUGCGCGGCCCCAAGGAGGAUGUCGACAAGUGCCAUAAGGACCUACUGAAGCUUGUCAAGGAAAUCCAGGAGUCAUCGCACAUCAUCGAAGUGCCAAUAUUCAAGCAAUUCCACAAGUUUGUCAUCGGCAAAGGCGGCGCCAACAUUAAAAAGAUACGCGACGAGACCCAAACGAAAAUCGAUCUUCCCGCCGAGGGCGAUACCAACGAGGUGAUUGUCAUCACCGGCAAAAAGGAGAACGUCCUGGAGGCCAAGGAGCGCAUCCAAAAGAUCCAGAACGAACUCUCCGACAUUGUGACCGAGGAGGUGCAAAUUUCACCCAAAUACUACAACUCCAUCAUUGGCACCGGCGGCAAACUCAUCUCAUCCAUCAUGGAGGAAUGCGGCGGCGUCACCAUCAAGUUCCCCAACAGCGAUUCCAAGAGCGACAAGGUCACGAUUCGUGGUCCCAAGGAUGAUGUGGAGAAGGCCAAGGCCCAGCUGCUGGAGCUGGCUAAUGAAAGGCAGCAGGCCUCGUUCAGCGUUGAGGUGCGCGCCAAGCAGCAGCAUCAUAAAUUCCUCAUUGGCAAGAAUGGUGCCUCCAUUCGCAAGAUUCGCGAUGCGACGGGCGCCCGCAUCAUCUUCCCCUCGAGCGAGGACAGCGACAAGGAGGCCAUCACCAUCAUUGGCAAGGAGGAGAGCGUGAACAAGGCUAAAGAGCAGCUGGAGGCCAUCAUCAAGGAGUGCGACGAGGUCACCGAGGGUGAGGUCAUCGUCGAUCCCAAGCACCAUAAGCACUUUGUGGCCAAGCGUGGCACCAUCUUGCAUCGCAUCUCCGAGGAAUGUGGCGGCGUCAUGAUUUCCUUCCCGCGUGCCGGCACAAACUCCGACAAGGUGACCAUCAAGGGCGCCAAGGAGUGCAUCGAGGCGGCCAAGCAGCGCAUCGAGGAAACCGUUGCCGAUCUGGAGGCACAGACCACCAUUGAGGUGGUGAUUCCACAGCGCCAGCAUCGCACCAUUAUGGGUGCACGUGGUUUCAAGGUGCAGCAGGUCACCUCGGAGUUUGAUGUGCAAAUCAAGUUCCCCGAUCGUGAUGCCACCGAACCCGUCGAUGGACUCACCAACGGCGUCAACGGUGAUGGUGAGGCCACCGAUGGUGCCGAGCCUGCAGCGGAGCCGGUGCGUCAAUGCGAUGUCAUUCGCAUCACGGGACGCAUUGAGAAGUGCAAUGCGGCCAAACAGGCGCUGAUCGAUCUGAUUCCCAUCGAGGAAGAGCUCAAUGUUCCUUUCGAUCUGCAUCGCACCAUCAUUGGGCCACGUGGCUCGAAAGUGCGUCAGUUCAUGUCCACGUACGAUGUGCACGUCGAACUGCCGCCCAGCGACCUCAAGUCGGACAUCAUCAAGGUGUCUGGCACACCCGCUCGUGUCGCCGAAGCCAAGGAGGCGCUGGAGAAGAUGAUCGAGGAGUAUGAAGCCGAUCGUGCAGAUCGCGAGCUGCGCUCAUAUGUGCUCCAGAUUGAGGUCGAUCCCGAGUACCAUUCAAAACUCAUUGGUCGUCAGGGUGCAGUCAUUAACAAGCUACGUGCCGAUCACGAUGUCAACAUCUCGAUGCCCAAACGUGAUGAUCCCAAUCAGCGCAUCAUUUCCAUCACCGGCUACCAGGCCAAGGCGGAGACUGCUCGCGAUGCCAUCUUGGAGAUUGUGGGUGAACUGCAGACCCUGUUCCGCGAAGUCAUCGAGAUUGACACACGCAUCCACUCACACAUCAUCGGCCAUCGUGGACGCACCAUUCGCAAGGUCAUCGAGGAUUACAAGGUGGACAUCAAGUUCCCCACUGCCGAGGAGGCUCAAAACAAUGCGAAUGCCGUGACCAUCAUUGGCAAGGAGGAGGAUGUCGAGAAUGCCAAGGAGCAUCUCCUGAGCAUGGCCGAGGAUUAUGAGCGUGAUUAUUUGGAGAACUUGCCGCCAUCGCCGCAGCCACAAACAGUUGGCGCUUUUCUCACCGCCGGCGCGGGCUCCGGCUCCACUGGCGGUGGCAGCAGCAAUGCCAAUGAGAACGGUUUCAUUAUGAAGGAUGCACCGUGGGAGAAGAAGCAGCAGGCAAAGAAUCUAACUGCGCCCAAUACUCAAUCGCAGGAGGAUUUCCCGCUGUUUGCUGCAGGCGGUGGUCCAGUUGCUGCCACGCCCAUCACCUCUGUGUGGGGCCCCAAGAACUAAACAAAACACAAUUAGUCCAAUCAGCAGCAGCUACGGCAGCAGCGAACGCAGAAGCAGCAGUUAAAUGCGACGGGGAUUCGGGAAACGGAAAGGGCACAGGCGGGCGGGCGGGCGUUGAGCAGCAACAGAGCAACAACAUCAGUAGCAGCGGCAGGCGUGCUUGGGCGGACUUUUGAUAGUCGGAAAACUAGUGUCAAAAAAUGGUACAGGUUGUCUCUCUCACACAUACACACACACAAACACUCUCCAUCACUCAGUCCUAGGAGCUUUUCUACAAUGCAAUUUGUGCAGGUUUAACACAUCAUUAAACAAAACAAAACAAGAAAAAACAAAAUGAGAAACUAUUUUUGUAUAAUUUGAUACAGAGAAACUCUGACACAGACACAUGAAAUUGCAUUUAUACGAAACUCUUUUUUUUUUUAUGUAGCGCCAAGUUCUGCUUUCCCCAAUUUCCAUUUUUCCCCCUGCUCCUGCCAAUUUUGUUAGUUCGCCCUUUAUAUAUGACUUAAAUGCCAAUUUCUUUUUAUAUAACCAUAUAAUUCAUUUCAAUGCAUAAUAUUCUAAUUAGUUCAAGCUACUUAAAUUAAGCAGAAAGUUCAACAAAUGUUUUGUUAAAAAAAUUAAUGGUUACCACAACUUUAAUUGAUUGAAAAUGAUAUUUAAAUGAAAAAUCAAGCAAAAAAUCGAAAAAAAUUACGGUCGAGAACGAAAUAAUUUUAAGCAUAAAAUGUUAAAUAUUUACUAUUGCUAUUGCUGCAUUCUUUUUUUUUACAAAUCCAUUGUAUACAAUGUGUUCUUUUCUUGAGUUACACAUCAGAACAGACCGAGUUAUUAGUAUAUUUUUACCUUUUUUGGGAAAGUGCAUGUUUAGACGUUCUCUUCAGCCGUUGAAUACAUUGUAAAAAAACAACAACAAAACACGAUUGUAAUUAUAUAGAGAAGUUGAAAACACUUAAUGAAUUGAAAGAUAAAUUGAUUGAAAUACAUUCAGACAUGUACUUGAAAUUAUAUAAAUCCUUUAUAUAUAUAUAUGCCUUUAUAUACACAAGUAUAUAUACAUAUAUAUAUUUAUAUUAUUAACGCACGCCUGCUUCUGCUCCAACAACCAACCAGCUUUAGACCCCACACACACCAGAAAACACCCCAUACACAUUUCAAAAUGAUUACAAACAUUUUAAUUUUGUGCAAUCUUCUUGAUUUAUAUUAAAUUGUUUCGACUUAUAUUUUCCACUUACCAACUUUAAAUCUAUACACGGUGUCUGGGACGCUUUACAACAAAAGGGUGCGCUCAGUGCCCUGUCUAUUAUUUGAAGUUGAAACACAAAGUAUGAAAAAUUACAAAAAAUACAAAAAAAAAAUAUUAAAUUUUUUACUUACCAUUCAAUAUAAAACAAAAAACCAUAUAAAACCAAUAAAAAACGUAAACAAAUUA